AUGGCUCGUGUUGUCUAUGAUGCGGAAGCUGCACUCAUCGCACGUUUUGGCACCAACUACCAUAGAAUGGCCAUAUCGGGGGAAGAAAGUCCGGUAACGCGAAACCCCCCCUCCGGAAUCCAUGCCAGAAAGAAACGCUGCGGACAUCCAUUAGGAAGCAUGCACAAACAACACCAUUCCCAUGCUCCUCGCAUUUCGAGGGCAGAUGUCACUCCUGAAUUGGAACAGUCAUCGAUAUGUGAGUCGCCCCCAAAAGCUUCGGCAAAACGGUCCAAAAACAAAAGGAGCGAUACAAACCACAAGGUCGACAAGGCUCAUGCUAAGAGGGCUAAGCAAGAUGCAUCGUUCGAUGACCUCUUAGAUGUAUCUAGCAGAUCCGGUACCAGUGAAGGAGAAGAAGAAGACAUUCCAAACGUAGUUCGAGAUCGGGCUGCGCAACGCAAUAACCGACAUUUGCGAAACGAGCGUUUGAAAAGAACUUUGUUCGUCGGAAAUCUGCCUCCAGGCUUGAAGAAAACCGAACUGCGUAGACUCUUCGACACUGUGAUCAAACAAGACAGUGCAUCUGUGCAAUCCAACUGUCGUGUGGAAUCUGUUCGUUUCCGGGGUGUCGUUCCGGUUACAGGUGGUACAGGAAAAUUGGCUCGCAAACGGGCUGUUAUCCAAGGAGAAUUCUCAGCUGGCGUCUCUCAGAAUAUGAUCGCCUACGUCGUCCUUACUUCAACUGCUGGUAUUCCAGCCGGUUUAUCUUUGAAUGGUCACUGGUUGCAGACGAAACCCAUUUCUACAGAUACGCCGACCGACUAUCAGUCGUCAGGCAAGCACAUUAGAGUGGAUCGUGCACUUAGACAGCGUCCCGUGGAACAGUUUAAGCAGUCCGUGUUUCUGGGCAAUCUCCCUUUCGAUGUGCAGGAAGAAGAAGUACGAACUGCCAUGUCCAAAUUCGGUCCCAUUGCAAAUGUCAGGUUGAUUCGUGACAAGGAAACCGGCGCAGUUAAAGGUUUCGGAUUCGUACAGUAUACUGAUCCCGCAGCCAUCUCUCUAGCUAUUCGUUCUUCUGAAUCUGUUUCCAUCCGUGGCCGACCAAUCCGCGUUCAGGAAUGGAAAGCAGAUACCAAAAGUGGACGAGCCGAGUGGAAACCGAAGCCUCCAAAGGCCGUGUUACUCCACUCUAGUCCCAGAAAUCCAAUCAAAAGAACUUCAGAAAAACACUCGGCUGAUGCUGAUAGUAGUGGGAAAAAGCGCAAACUAUUACAAAGGUUGCGACACGCCGGCCAAGUGAAAGGUGUUACUCUUCCGAGUAACUUGAGGGGUGAACAACGUGAACGUUAUUUGCAGAAGCGCCUAAUCAAAAAACGAAAGCGUCAAGUCAGGAGACAACAGCAACAGGCGCAGUCCAAACCGGUAUCAGUCAAAAAGUCUGGGAAAGUCACCAAGAAGACACGAACUGAUAAAUAAUCCCCGCACAGUUCCUCUGUACACAUCUUCAUCUGAUGUAUAUCUUCUGUACAGACACAACAUACUAGUCUGUUAUUUCAGAUCGAUGGAGAGACUUCUGUUUGAU